GCCGGGCGACCCGCGGUGCUCCCGUCCAGCCUGCCCCGCUCUGGGACCCGCCGAGUCCCGCGGGCUGCUCGCACCGCCGGGCCGAGGGCAGGCGCUCGGGAACGACUGGAAAGUGCUUCCCAUGGUGUUCGAACAUCCCACCGCUUUGAAGCUUCUGGCCGGGACUGAACUCUCUUGGUGGCGUGGGGAGUCAUAGAUGGACCAAAGAAAAGCCGCUAUCUCUGAAGAUGCCGUGAAACACUUUAAUAACAGGUUUCGGGUGGGAGGGUCAGUUUUUCAGUUUGGUGUCUGGUGGGAUUCACCAUCUUUUUAUCUUUGGCAAAAGGACCCAUGAGAAAUGUGAUGUGGUUUAAUCAACGUUAACACCAUGGGCAGAACUGUGCCCUUAACCUCUGUUCAGGAAGGAACUGCAGGUAACAAGGAGGUAGCUGAACAUGGAGAGUCACCUUUAAACUCAAAAUUCUCAUAGCCCCUUCUAAUUUCCUCCUGGGAAUACAACCUGCUACUCAGAAACCCUGUAAGUUAUUGGUGUGAUAUUUAAUCUAUGAGGUAUUUGCAUGGAAUAAUGCAGUAGGAACUCCCACAGCAUGAUCAUAUCCACACUGAAAAUGCUUGGCAGUUGUAAACAGGGAUCUGGAGUCCUCACUGCUCUGGAAGUCGCAUGAUUCAUACCAUGUGGAUAUAAAAUGUUACCAACCCAGAACAGUGGCCUCCUUCUAGGAAAUGGGAAACAGGAACUGAGAGGAAUAACUAUAGAAACUUAGUAAAACAAAGAGCAACAAGGGUGAAAUAAGUGCAGGAAGGGUCAAAUGAGAGUGGAGAGCUGGGGAAAAGGAAAAAGAAAAUGUGAAAUAUAUAGAUCUAGAAUAAGGGAGGAGAAAGUACAGAACCUCUGAGAGCAGUGGCCUUCAUUAGUUGCAAGGUUGCUUCUACCAGAGGUGUACUGGAUUAAUUAAAUCAGUCUCAGCUGGUUUUAACCUGUAAUUUGGCCAUUGUGGUGUUGGCUUAGCUUCCACAGAUAACAGCUUUUGGCAGUGGAGAAGCUUAUUGCUCCCAGGUGAAUGUAAGCAUUGCUGAAGUUGUUGUGGGGACUGUGGAAGGCACAGGCUGCUGGCAGGACAGGGGAGGUGGCACCAUGCCAUCUGCAGGCCUCCCAGGUUCUGGGUGGCUGCAAACCCAGAAUGAGCAGAACAGGCUGUUCCAAGAGCCCUGUAUCCCUGUGGAGCUGUGCACUGCAAGCUUUGGCUGUGUGCUACAGUUUCCCACUGGGCUGGGAUGGGAAAGGGUAAGAAAUGCUGGCAAGAAAGAGAAAGGGAUCUUAAGAUGGUUUGUUUUGGCACAACACAAGUCUAAAGAAUGAAAAGUAGCAUUUGAGGUCCUGUCAGGUUUGGAAAUAUAUUGAGUGACUGUCAGUGAAGAGCAUCUAUUUCGUUCUAUCUGGUAUUAGUCAUCCCCUCACAGCUGCUUUAUUUGUUUUGGCACCCUGAGCAGCCAAUGCAUUAUCUAAUUGACUGCUGUGUGUCCCAGCCCAGCAAUCCUGCCCGGUUAUCCCUGCACUGAGCCCAACAGGGACAAGAGAGGCUGUGGAAAGGCACCCUAUUUUAACUUUGAUUCCUGAUUCCAUUAGCUGAUAGUGGGCUUUGUCAAAUGCGUGUUUCAAUUCUUAUAUCGGUUUUGGGAUCAGCAACAAACAAGUAGAGUUUCUUUUCAUUCACCUUCUUUGGGAUGUAUCUUGAAAGGAAGAUGCUGUUUCAUUCUCAGCAUCAUUUGGAAAGCCCUAAUUCUGCUGUGUUUGUAGUCCAUAAAAAUCUGUGUGCCGUGUUUUCCUUCAGAACCUUACUGGUUUCUCCUGAGCCUUGAAUCUGACCUCUUACACUGAUUGUGCUUCUUUUCAGUGGUUUAGAGGGCAACAUAGUUAGUAGGCAUUUGCUGGUUGUUUUGCUACUGUUGUACUCUUCCAAUAUUUCAAGUCCUUAUGUUUACCUGCUUCCUUUCAUUUAUUCUGAAAUUAAUUCAUAUUCAUUUUAUAUAUAUUCCAUCUUUAAUUUUAGUGAUUAUUUCUCUGUUUGCAAGGUUAUCUAGGUUUUCUUAUUGUAUGUAAGCAUGCAGGCAGUGUGGCUGAAAAGUGGGAAUUGUUGGCACAGAACCCCUGAACCUUGGAAAUGCAGGAUUAUGAAAACAAAUAUCAGUCACAAAAACAGUGUUGCUUGUUUGUUUGUUUGUUUUCCUGGAAGCUAUUUAGGGCUAUCUGUUUUAUCUGUAGUCUGUUACAGAUACUGAAAUAACAAAGAUUGGGGAAAAAAUACCCAGAGAAGAGUGAUGCCCAUGGCAGGCUAACUGAACACACAGGCAGCUGUUUAGAGCUCAGGUGGAAAGUUAUUUAGAUGUGCGGGGUUUUUUCCUCUUGUUAAAACAUACAAUUUGAUUUCGGAAGUUUCUGCAAGCCUUUGUGUUGAUGUCACAGCAACUCAGACAUUCACAAUACAACUGAUUUUGGCUAAUUUGGAGACUGUAAUUUCGUUUGGUAUAAAAAGCACUACAUGUUCUCUUGCUUUUUCUUGUGCACCUGGGUGGUGUGGCACCUAACAGGUGUAUUUCUGCAGCAGUGAGGGGCUGAGGUUUUGCUGUUUCAGCGAGAGCUUUUACAGAAAUGUUCUCUUUCAGGCAGUGCUGUUCAAAAUUACUGCUCUGCUGUGGGUGGAGAUUACCUUUCCCUGUGGUACAACAAAAUAUUGAGGAAAACUGUUUGGAUACUGCCAGGUUGUUUGCAAUUUCUUCCUUUAUUUUUCCUACAUGGCUUUGAAGCAUCAAGUAGGAGUAUUUGAUUGUAGAUCCUGCAAAAUGCUCAGUGUGAUCACCAGCCUUCUGAUGGCAGAGCCCCUGUGCUCUGGCUCAGCUGCCACGGGAAGGACAAUGCUGCCCUGUAAGGAUAUCUCCAGCCCUCCUCGUGCCAGCAACAGGAUUCUGCAACUGUGCAGGCAGCUGGAUUGCACAAUUGGUCCAGUUUCCCCAGAAAGCUCCCAGCACACAUGCUCUUAUUUUCUCGGUGGGAUCAGUUUGCUGGUGAAGUGCACUGUUCCUGCCUCUGGUGCCUGCACAAAGGAGCACAGAGGGAACAGGGGGCCUCCUCUCUGGGCAGGAAGGGGGAAUGCUUUGCCAUGGAUACCUGUUCCAGCAGAAUGGAGGUUUGAGGAACAGCAGGUUGCUGGCUCACAGCUCAGUACCCUUCCCUUGGCAAAAGCAGAGCGCUCUGUCCCCACGUAUUUCCUCAGCCGGUGGUGUGGCCCCAGGAGCGGUGUGUGCGUGUUGUGUUUGGGUUGCAGGGGGGCAGGAAAGGGACAUCCUCAGGUGAGCUGUGCUGCUGGAGCCAGGUCCUAAUUGUGAAACCAGGUUUGAUCACACAUGUGCACCCGUAAGUCAGGGCUGCUCUUGGACAUUGCUGCACCUGACAAAACUGGACAGCUUGGCAACAGCCAGGUGGUAUGGGUUGGUGAGAGGAUGGGAGGUAUCAACAAGUUGGAUGUCCAGUAAAGACGAGAAGAUCGGCACUUGGCCUAUUCUGUGGGUUUUCAGGUUCUUGUUAGUGAAAACAUAAAAAACCCCCCAACCAAACACAAAACAACUCCCCCAGAGCCCACAAACAAAGCAAAAAACCACCCCACCCCAUCUCUGGACAAUGCAGGUACUUAUGUCUGCUCAAGGACAGGGGAAGGCCUGCUAAAAUCCUUUGCAGUCCUAGCAACUGCUGUAGUUCUCAAGCUGAACAAAAUAUUAUUCAUCUUCUCACUAGGCUGUGUUUGAGGCCUGGGAAGAGUGUUGAGACAUUAAAUAAAUUGUAAUCCUUCGCACCAGACCAGGGAUACAGAAUUUCAAACUGAAAUCUAGAGAUCCUUAUGAAUAAGGAGGCAACAAAGAAAAUGUAUCUGCAAAAAGAUUGAUUCAUAUUUUCAGACUGUACGUUUCUAAUGGCUGUAACUGAGAGGCUUCAGACAAGCAUGGCUUGUUUUUUGUAGCAGCAUAUCAGACAACAUUAUGCAAUAAUUUAAAGUGAAGUAGUGCCAAAUGCUUCCCUGCAUGUAACUCAGCCUAGCAAAACUGGCCAAAGCUGCACAACAUGAUACUGAUGCUCCUGACAAAAUAACCUGCAGUGGCUCCUAAAUCACAUGAACUGUCUGUCCCUCUGGCUUCUCUCUCGUAGGCUGCAGACAAAUGUUCUGUUCUGACUCCUCCUAUGCUACUGAGACAAAAAUUGGCUGGGAGGACUCAAGGGAUGGUGAGACAGUCUUUGGUGUCAGCACAACCUCACAAGGUCCUGCUCCCUCAGGUUCCUCUUUCCCCCGUGAGCUUGAUUGCAUCCCACCUGCAGCUUGGUGUGGGAAGGGACCUGUGGAACUCAGGCAGGUGAGAUGCAGAAUUGCUCUGAAGUACAACCAUAAAUGUGCAAAUCACUGCAACUCCAGACAGCCACAGCUCCUCGUAGGCUGUAACAGGGAAAAGUGUCUUGGCUUAAGGAGAAAUUAGACUUAUUCACAGUCGUGUGUUCUCAAAGCACUGAUAAACUGUACCCCCAACAGCAUGAACUAAUCCAGCUGCAUCCUGCCUGCAGUUCAUUAGGAGAUGCUGGCACAAAUUAGUCUGUCAGCAGAGCUGUGGGGAGGGGCCCCUCCAGCAGUGGGGCAGGGAACCUUUCCAUAAAGAUUUGGUUUUCUAAAGUUAAAAACAUCGUUAACAAAGCUAACAUGAAAAUGUGGUGGGUGGAAGUACUUUAAUUUAAAAGGCUACAGAGAAGAUGUGCAAAAUGUGAGGAGAACUUAAAAUCACCUCUUAAAUUCCACAAAGCAAGGAACUGGACUCCUGUUUCCCUUCCUGCAUUGAGAAAAUCUGGGCUUUAGCUAGAUAGAGAAAAUGAAGCUAUCAUGACUCUGAAACUGCAUUUCCAAUUGUUCAUUUCGCAGCACUGGAAACAAAAUGACAUUGGUUGAUUUAUCUGAAGAGCAAUGAGGCUGUGAUUUAACAGCUGGAAUCCAGAUACUUUGCACAGAUUUUUUUAAGCCCAGUCAGUCUUCAGUAGGUGUUUGUGUUUUUAUAGAGUGGCUCAAUGACUCCUUUCUACUCUAAGCUUCUUUAGCUGUCUCCCACUGAACUUCUGCUACUGCUCAGUAUUGAUUGUUUUAGUAUCUGCUGGUUUAGUAGUUGUGAUGCCUCUUGCAGAACACACUGUUCUGCUGCAGCUGCUUUGAGGUCUAACUCCUCUCUCCCUGCCUGUGGAACUUCAUCCUUAUUGCAAGGGCCCUGUGUUACCAUACAUGGAGUCCACCUGUGAAAUUCCUGUGCUGCAGGGUGGAUCCCGCCUCUGGUUGAGAAGUACCAAGCCCAGGUACCUUAUUGUACUGCAGGGAAUGUUGAUUCUCUGCAGUUUUUUGUUACAGCAUCUUUACUUUUGUAGAGCUCAAUGAAUUCUGUAGAUGUGAGUAUUUUAUCUGAUGGAUGCAGAGGAGCAGAGGGUAAGUUGCUUGCUGCACUGUUCCAAACACCCCACUCUCCACACAGCCUGGCCAAUAACAGGGAUGAUUUAUGGACCAGGCAGUUGCAGGUCGAUUUAAAACAUUUGUUAUUUCUUCAGUAAUGGAGAAAAUUAUAGAGUGCUAUAAUGGAUAAUUCAGCCUCACAUCUUCCAAUAAAUCUUUAAAUGAAUAUGUUCAAGCAUAUUGUUGGUAACUUUUGUUAUCUAUGGAAGUAAUAAAUAGGAAGCUAGAUGGAACAUUAAUAAAAACAAUGUAAUAAAACUGCAAAUUUCUUGUGUUCAAAUACAGAAGUCUGUAGAUGAUGCCUCAGAAUUUCUGUCUUAAGCUCAGCAAAGCAGGAUUUUGUCCAGGAGUUGUGGCUGGCCCAUCCCUGGAAGUGUCCAAGGCCAGGCUGGAUGGAGCUCUGAGCUACCUGGUCCAGUGGAAGGUGUCCCUGCCCGUGGAAGGGGAGGGACUUUAGGGAUGGGCUUUAGGGUCCCUUCCAACCCCAAUUGUUCUAUGAUAAUUAACCUCUGGAAGUGUCAGAGGAUUUUCUCAUUUCAUCCUCUCUUUCAGUCAAACCUUGCAAUUGCCAGUUGUGCUGACUGCAGCUUUGAAAGCAACACAUUUGGACAGUGAAAGUGGAUUGAGCUUCUUUUGUUCAAAACAACACAACGUAAAAUGCCCCCUGACUCACUUGAGCCAAUGUGACAUGGGUGACUUCAUUUCCUACGCUUUUUAUGACAACUUGUCAGUUUCUAAAACAUUUAUUUCCUUUUGUUUAUCUGCUUGCUGCAAUGUUUUUUCUAUGUGAAGUGUUUUUAAAGUUUAUUUUAUCUUGGGUUUUCUAAGAAUAUUCAAAGAAUGGAGGGGGAAUAGCUAUCCCUUGUAACGUGCAGAUCCUUGGAAAGCAGAUGAGCCAUUCCCUGCCCCUGCAGGGUGACAGAGCAGUCCAUGAGGCUGAUUGUUUUAAGUGUUACUCAAAUUGAUCUUCCUACUUUGGAUUAAGUUUUACUUAAUGAGGAAGUAAUGAGAUUAUCAUAGACAAAAAGGACUGUGUCUCUUUUGGGAACGCACCAUUUCAGAGACUUGACUUUAUUUCAAAGAGAUCCAUAAUUCUUUCUUCAGGGGAAUGUAAAUUUAAAUUGCAAUCAAACUAUGGGGCUUCUCUAGCAACUGUUUUGACACUGAAUUAUUGAAGUAUUAUACUGAGCAUUUUCCCGGGGAAAGGAUUGACUGCUGCAAGAUUAGUACGUUCUGGAUGGGUGCCAUUUUCACAUAGUUAGUUCAACCAGAAGAGAAUGGAUCUGAUUAAGGGAUCAAGCUGGUUAUUUGUUUGUUGUUUGUACUCUGUGCCCUACAAUGGGAGUGAUUCUUUGCCUCUUUUCCCUGACAAUAAUUAGGAUGAGAGGGUUCCAACAACUUCAUGUUAAUAUUCCUUUUCUUUGAGUGAAAAUAUGCAGUAGCAAAGCAAUUAACAUUUCCAUUAAACUUUAAAAUCUUAAAAGAAGCCUUCCACAAAUUUUAUGGAAUCUCCAGGUAUUCCAAAGAGAACCCUGAGAAUAAGGGAUGUCUGUGUUUGGGUAUUUUUUCCUGAGUUUCUAUUUUUUAGGAACAUCUGUCCUAAUCCGCAGUCCAAGUUCCCACUGAUGCGGUGUUCCAGGUUUUCAGUCAUCCCUGUUCAGCUCUGGUUUGUAGUGAUGUGCACCCAGCAGUAAGUUACUGAGCCUCUGAGGAUUGUAACACCUGCUGUCAUGGGAUUCACAAACGUGAAGAGCACUGCUACACUGUCAUGGAUGAUGCUAUUAAAUUGUGUUUUGAGUAGAGCUGAUUCACAUUAUUGAUUUUUGCGUUUGAUAACGUGAUUUAAAACAUGCAUAAAAAGUUGUGGUUUAGAAGGCACAUCCAGGCUGUUCAGCACUGUGCCCCCCCACCAGCAGUGCUGCCCUUCAGUGCCUGAGCAGCAGUUUGACUGAGAGGAAAAAGUGGCACUCAUGACCCAAAUCUGCAAAGAUCUGCGUGUGCAAAUGCCCUGUGGAAUCGAGACAGUGGAAUCAGGCUCCUUCAAAGUCACUGGCUAAACUCACUGGGAGCACUCACAGUUGUGGAACCAGGGCCUGGCCUGACUCAUCCCCAGGAGCAGCCUGGGGCAGACUCUGCUUGCUCCAGAAGUGCUGACUAACACUGGGGACUUUAAUUUCUAUUUAAAUGAAAGGGAGGAGGAUCUUGCCUCAAUACUGGCUGUUCCCAUCUGUAGGAAUAAACUGGUGUCACAUACCUCAGGCACCAGCAGGCUUCCAGGAAGAAUGCACUGAGGUGUUUGGUUGAAUUGGAGAUGUUAUCUUUUAAGAGGUCACAUUUGUUAUUGCCUCGAAGAGUUCAGAUUGUGGUGAAAUACUAAAUUGUCCAAAGGAGGAGAAACCGAGGAUUGGUAAAUCUCAUGCUUUUUGCUGCUGCUAAAAGAUGAGCUGUGUCUGGCUGCAGGCAGAGCUGAGUUGGUGUUCCUGGGGGACAGGUUCCUGUGUACAGGGGCUUCUGGUUGACUUUUUUGUACUUCUUUCUAAGAUGCAUCUGGACUCCUGGUCUAGGGACUGUAUUGAAGUUUGAGUCAAGUCUUGAAGUACAGGACCUGAAUUUCAGCUUAGAUGGACUCUUAUAGUAUUGGAGAGAUUUUUAACUGUAUUGACAUUAAAGCAGAAAUACAUUUAACUGGCAGUGCUUUUGUCAUUUUGCUUGGUACAUUUGCUUGCUGAAGACAAAAUACGGGUUUAUAUAGAUCUUGUCCUUUUCCAAAACCAUGUCAGCAUUCAUUUUCUCUGUUUUAGUGAGGUCACAAUGUUGAAUUUGUGCUAACAGAAAAUAAUGUCCAUGGAAAGCUGAGAUCAAAUACAAAUGUAUGAUGCCAUUGUGGAACAGAGAAAUGGGUUGGCUAGAAGGGAAUAAGGACUUGGUUAAUCAGGCACAGUAGCCCUAAGAUUACAGAAAGUGGCCCGUAAGGUUUUUUCUGCAUCAGUUCUGUUCCUGGAGAUGUAUUUGUCUGCUUUCUUUUCAAAGGAGGUAAAACUAAGGUGAUUAUGUGAAAUUUUGUUCAAGUGCUGACAUUAAAUGAGAAAUUGUCAGUAGAAAGAUAUUAACAAUUUGCUAAAGAGAUAAGUAAAUAAAUAAUCCAGAGGGGUAGCUCUGCUGCUGCUAAUCUUACUGGUAUCCAUAGUUAUUUUUCAAAAAGUACAGCAUUUCCUCUGUUAGGAGAAGCUUGUCAUUUAAAUCUGGCCAGAUGGACCCAGAUUAGGAUGAUGGCUCCCAAAAUGUGUGAUCCAGGAGAAUGACGCUGACGGGGCAGCUGCGCAGGGAACAGCGAUAAAAGGGGUUUAGAGAGGGAAGAGGGUGUGAUGGGCCCAAUCUCCUUAAAGCUUUCAAGUAGUCCCAAUUUUUCAUGAGUGAGUUGGUUUUGCCCUUGUUAAAGGGUCAGAUGAGAGUCCCUGUGCAGUACUCUCUUCCUGAGUUUGUCAGUAGAAGUGCUCAGGUGGUGACAGAGCGGGGGGGAGGAAGGCUGACUGUCAAUAGCAGAGUACUGGUGUUUCUUUUCAGCUUGUGAGAGACCAGAUUGUCAGCUUCUUGUGCAGUUAUUUUCUAAAGGCAAGUGUUUCAUCUGUUAUGUUAUUCAUAAUUUUGAAAUGUCUCUUCACCCUGAUUUUUUUCAUUAAGCUAAUAAAACCUUAGCCCUACUAAAGGCAUGGUCAGUAAUGAAAUUGUCAGGUGGUAUUCCCUUUAUCUGCCUGAAGUUCCUCACCUGACCUGACUGGUUUUCUUUUAAUUUAUUUCUAAAUCCCUUGCUCUUGUUUUUGACCACGAACAGCAGAGCUGGAACAGGUACUGUGAGCUGAUGGGGAAGGCAGGAGAAUAACCAGAAACCAGCCUGGAAAUCACACUCUGGAAAAGUCCAGGUUUGUCUUGCAAGGUGCUGCUCAUUCUGUCAAGCUUGGAUAGGGAUUGCUGGCACUUACAGAAACAGUUUGCAUCGUCCUGUGCAGUUGUACAGUUGUACAGCAUGUAAUGCUAAUUGGCAGAGCUCCCUAAUGCAGCUCUUUUCCUGCUUCUUUUAGAGCUUUCAUUUUCUCUCUUGUUAAUGAUUUCCUUGUUGUCGUGUCCCAAAGAGCUGUGUUUUAAACUUUUAAAUGCCAAGGUGUCAAUCUUCUGGAAUCUGUUCAUAAUCUUUCUGGUCACAAAUGAUAAAUGGAUUGACCAAAUUUCUGGAUAGUGUGGUUAGUUCAAGUUGCAUUUUAUGGAUGUUAAUAACUAAUGACUAAAAAAACACAAGAGAAACAAACCUAUUCCCAAAGAAAUUAUGGCAAGGGAAAUGAAGUUACUCUGGUUUGAAGGAGUACUGCUUACUGAAUAAUCUUCCUUUAGAAAGGAGGUAUGCAAACUGAAGUUAUUCUGUUGCCCCCUGUGAAGGCAAAAAUACGCUUUAAUGCAAUUAACUCUUCCUGAAAUGGAUAUUUCUGUUCUUUGAGUAGUUUAGAUUCCAGAAUACAUAGGUGUAUGGAAAAAAAAUCAUUAGCUGUAACUCAUUAGCUCUGUUCAAGCAGCUGCAAACCUUUAAAAAUUAAUAGUUUUCAUGAGAAAUGCUAAGUCUGGGUUGUAAGAUGUAGCAUGCAUUCAGUGCAAGAUUUCAAUUGAAGCUGACAGGGAGCCUGCUGGGUAGGCGUUGAGCAAGGUCCCCCAGAAUUAAUCACCUGUCAAUUAAAUUUCUUGGGUUUAAACCUACAAAUAAUUCUAUCUUUGUGAAGUGUCUUUAUGAUGUAAAUAUGCUAAACCUCACCCUAAAUUGAUUUCCUUUCCCCUUUAAUACUGAUUCUACAACCAGGAGAAAUACUAACAUGUCACAGAAUUUAAUGAGAACAUUGACAUAGUUGAAAUUACUCUUUUAAGGUUAUAAAAUACAGACAUUCCUGUGGUCUCUUCAAGAGCAAAAGUAUGAAGGUGAUUAGAAGCACUUCCAGAUGCAAAAUCUAGUGAUUCUUGUUAAAAACUCAGAUGUGCCCUGAAAUAUUUGCAUCACUUUCCAUGAACUAGAGUGGAAAUGCAAGAGGAAGUAGAAAAACAAAAAUCUGUUACAUGUGAUUCUCCAUGGGUUAUGCUUGCAAGAAUGAAAAAUAGAAGUGGAUUUUCUGCUCUGUGAAAUUGCUGAAUCACAGGGAUCAGAGGGAUUUCCUGGAGUGGUGCUGGGGCCCUGAGGGCAGUGGAAGUGUCACUGCUGGGGCACUGGGCUGGAGAGAGGACUGGGAAAGCUGAAGGUGGAGGCUUGAAUGCCCUUUCUAAAGACUAACCACGUGAAAACAGCAGUCAGAGAAUCCUCUGAGGUAAAUUGUUUGCUUUGUACCGCUGACUCCCCUCUGUCCCUGCAGCCUGGGGAGGUGGUGCCCACAGCUGCCGGUGGUCACAGGCAAAGCCCAGGCAGCUUUCACUCUCGUAGGUCUCUCCUGCUGACUUUACAAGGAACCCUGAUGUCCCACGCUGUAGUCAGGACUAUCCCAUGUUGUGGUUUCACUUGUAGAUAUAUUUUCCUGCUUUUAGUUUGAGGAAUUCUGGUGACUUGGUUGAAGCUGGUACAGAUCUCCAAAGCUCGCGUGGUGCCCCAAAUCUUGUGCAGACGAUCUGCUUCCAGUGCAAUGCAGAUAUAUUUAUUUCUGUUUGCAGUCUCACAGUGUGAUAGCCCUGCUGAUAUCUCUGCUAAGGAAAACCAACAUUGCUGUGUAAAUAUUAACCAUAGUACACAAAACCCUCGAGGGAACUUGUUGUUUAAAAAUGGUGCUGCUGAUCUGAAGAGCUCCCCAGCGGCUCUGCUGGAGAAUGGCCAGGCUUGUUCAGGAUCCUUGGGAGGGUUCUGCCCCUGCUUUUCCUGCCCCCAUGUAACUACAGGCUGUAUCUGAUGGGGUAAGAGGGGAUUUGAUGCAGUCAGUCUUCACUCUUAUGUUGUUAAUAGCAUCAGUCAGGUUACUGAAAUACCAAGCCACAGUUGAAUAUUCACAUUUUCGUGAUGGAGCCUAUGAAUUGGGACUUAUGAUCUUUCUAAGAAAGAGAUCUCUGAAAGGUUUAGAUGGGUCAAUCAAAAAAAAGUUUUAAAUUAAAGAAUUUAAGUAUCUUGUGAUGUUUUCCCUUUUCUCUGAAUUCAGGUUAAAUGAAAGGGUAAAAUUGAGCAAAGAAUUUGAGUUUUUAUUAUUAUUGUUUUGAAUUUUUCUGUUCAACCCUAAUGACUGUAGAUCCAGUGGAAGAUUGUCACAGAAUUGUGCCGGACUUUCCAGAAAGUGCUGAGUAUUAUAGAAUUCCAUGGAAAUUAUGCCAGUUUCAGGGGUUUCACUUUUCUUUUGUUAUAGUUUUCUCUCUGUCCCUAUUUAUAAUUACAGAAUUUCAUGAUGUGUCUGCUUUCCCCUCCUCCCGGGAAGAAGAGUUUGGAGGCUGGAAAUCUAAGGGUAUUUUGCCAGCAGGGAUACUAAACUAAACCUAAUUUACAGGCUUGUAAACAACCUGAAUAAAAAGAAUUUUCUUUACAUGCCUUUUGAAAUUAUCUGUCCAUAACUUAAAGAUUUGUGUGUUGGUGAUGGAGCCUUUCUUGUUCAGUUGUAUUUCCAGUGACGAGUCCCAGAGACCGAAAGGCAAACCUGUGUGUAGCCGACCUUUCAAAGAAGAAGCAGAAAACCAUAUUUUGUCUUUGGGGGCAAAAAGCAACAGUUAAAGUGUCUUUGUGCAUCCUGGAGAAAUAAGUAAGAUAUAAAAAACACCUAAAAAAUAAAAAUGGGUGAACUGGACCAUGGAACAUUGUUUUCAACUCCUAGGAUUAGUGAUGGAGAAAAUCCAGUGAUUCCUGCAAGAAAUGCUCUUUGCAGCCAGAAGUACAAACCUGUUGACUACAAACAUCUGUAUGAACUUGCUGCAGAGGCAAAAAUGGCCUCUGAAAAGACUCAGUUAAAGAUUAAAAAAACAGAGCAAGUUUCAAAAAUUAACAAAGAGCAAAUGCUACUGAAACAGCACCAGCAGGUGUGGUGGCAAGAGCAUAAGAGGCUGAGCCAGAGCAGGCAAAAAGCAGAAGAAGAAAUAACGACUUUUCUUGAUGAAGAAAGCCAUAAACACAACUUCUUCUUGGAUUUGAGGGACUUGGAGCAGGAGUUGUCCAGGGAGCGGGACACUCACCAAACAAACACUGUAGUUCCUGUCUGGCAGCUAAAGGAGGAUUUGAAACUCAAGCUGGCAGAAAUGCAACGUUUUUGUGAAGCCUCUCAGCGUUGCCUCUCAGAAGAAUCUUGUCAGAAACCUGAGAUCGAUUCAUUUGAGAUGUUACAGCAGAUCAAAUUUGUGAAGAACCAGCAGAAGGCAGUUUUGGAAGGUCUUACCCUUGAAAGUCUGGCUUUGGAGAGAGAGCUUGAAGACUACAAAGCAAAUGCAUUAAUGGGCUCUUCUGAGGAGAAAAAUGGACUUUUUCAUGGGGUUCCUGCCGAGCUGCUGUCUCUGGAAUGCCCUUACCCUGACCUGAAGACCUUGGUGAUCCAGGAGUACCAAGAGCUUGCCAGAGGCUACUGGGCGAGGCUUCAGGAGCUCGACCAGCAGUUGGAAGCUUUGUCCGGUGGCGAAGUUGUACUGGGGUGGAUUGUUUUACAUUCCUGUAGGAACAGUGACUGGAAGGAAGAAGAUCAGUGGGUUUUCCAGGCUGUUAUCAAUCAGUAUCCAAGUGAUCUUCAGAGGAGGAGGACUUUGUACCUGGAUAUGCUGCAGAGAUGCCUUCCCCACAAAUCCAGGCAUGAGCUGGUUGCUCAUGAGAAAGCCUGGGAUCGUUACCAUUCCAUCAGGAAUCAGCGCAAAGCCUUGCUGUUGAACUGGGCUCAGGCUAGGAAAGCCUUUGUCCUCAGGGCAGGGGCAACUGCUGCUGAAGCUGCUGCUGCUCACAAGGCAGAAGUGGUGCUGGCUGACUCCAGGCAAAAGCAACUGGAGAUCUGUGCUGAGCUGAAAGCAAAGGUUCUACAGUGGAAAGCACAGCAGGAAGAAGCUGCUAAACUAGAAGCUGCUGUGGCUGCCAGAAGAAAAGAAAAGGAAGAUGAGAAAGAAAGGCUACAGAGAGAACAGGAAACCAGUCGUAGAGCUCAGGAGAAAGAGAAACUGAAAAAAUACUGGGCUGAGAAACAGCUCAAGUGGCAAGAACAGGAGGAGAGAGACCUACGACGUCUGGAGGAAUUGAGAAAAUUAAUGGCUGAACAAGCGGCUAAAGACAGAGAAAGGGUGGAAUUCCGACGGGCUUUGCUGGAGAAGCGGCUGCUGGAGAGAAAGGAGCAGCUCCUGCUCCAGGCCCGGGAAGAGCAGGAGAGGGAGAAGCGCCUGGAAAUGCUCCGACAGCAGGUCGCUGUUGUUGCAAAGUCAGACCCAGCCCGAGCAGUGGCUGAUACGGUGGCGUCGCGGGCACGGAUGGGCAUCGGAGCCAACCAAGAGUUUGAGCUGCAGCAGCCCCUGUUCAGGCUGCACACGUACAGUGAGGAGCAGGUCAUUUCUGACCCCAGGCUCCGUGUCGAGCUCGCUCUCCGAGAAGCUGGACUGCAUAAAACACUUUAUGCAAGAGAGAUUUUGCCAAAAAUUCCUCCACUGAAGCUUCCAAGAAGAGACAUGGAAUCUACAGCUUUUGAAAUGUAGAGCACCUCUUGUCUGAGGAGCAGAUGAGCUUCAGGGGUGCAAACCUUUAAUAAAUUCCCUUUGGUUGUGUCACAGAACUGCUCAGUUCCCUGUGUGUGCAGCCAUUCAAACCCCUGCUGAGCCUUUCUCCCCAGUGCUGCACCACAUUACACCUGCCUGGUGCAGGUUUGGGGAGCUUGGGGGGUGGGCUGGUGCAGUGUGAGUGUCCAUGUCCCCUUGAACUGGGAGCUGGGACACCUGGACACAGGACUCCUACACACAGCACGGGCCAAUCUGAUGGGCAGCACCUGGAGUAGGAGCUCUUGGGCUUCAGUUGGCAGCAGAAAUCCAAAAAACUUUGCACUGCAGUUACUUUAGAUUAUAUAUUACGUUACAUGAAUAAAUCCCACAGUUUUCAUUCCAAGUU